GACAUGGAUAUUUUCAUGGAUAAGGAUCUCAGUGUGACUGGGAACACCAGCCAUGAAAUAGGACAACAAAGAUUAGAGGGCAGCAAAAGCCAAGGACUCAACCACAGUGACCCCUUGGACAUGUUCAUAGGCAUGGAGCUUCUUCUACGUUUCAAACCUCUCUUCCUACCUCUCUACUGCCUUGUAGUGGCUGUGGCUGGUGUUGGAAACUCUUUCCUGUUGGCUUGCAUCUUGGCUGACAAGAAGCUCCACAAUGCUACCAACUUUUUCAUCGGUAACUUAGCUGCAGGAGACCUGCUCAUGUGUUUGAGUUGUGUUCCACUGACUGUGUCUUAUGCCUUCGACAGUCAUGGCUGGGCUUUUGGGAGACCCCUAUGCCACCUGGUCCCUUUGCUGCAAUGUGCCACAGUGUUUGCAUCAGUGCUCUCACUCACUGCCAUCGCUGUAGACCGCUAUGUUGUUGUGGCUCACCCGGUGCGGAAGAGGAUCUCUGUGUGGGGCUGUGGUGCAGUGACUCUGGGUGUAUGGCUUUUAUCACUGGCCCUGGCUGCACCUCCAUCUCUGUACACACGCUACCUGGACCUGCGACCCAGUGGUAUCAACUUGGUAGUGUGUGAGGAAUUCUGGCCAAACAGUGGAAAUCUGCGGCUGCUCUAUUCCUGCUUCAUUCUCAUAGCUUCCUAUAUGAUCCCACUGUUGUCAGUUAGUGUAUCGUACUGUGCCAUUACUGUCAGCCUAAAACGAUAUUCAGUACCCGGGGAGCCAUCCAACAGCCAGCAGCGCUGGAGCCAAAGGAGGAAGAAGACCUUCUCUUUGUUGGUGGCCUCAGUGUUGGCUUUUGCCCUGUGUUGGCUGCCUCUGCAGGUCCUGAACCUGUUGCUGGACCUGGACCCAGACUUCCACAUCAUAGGGAAGCGCUACAUAAACGUCUUACAAGUGUGCUGCCAUUUAGUAGCUAUGAGCUCUGCGUGUUACAACCCCUUCAUCUACGCCUCACUGCAUAGCAAGGUGCGCAUGCACCUAAAAGGCUAUCUCUGUCCUUGUCGCAAAAGUCAGAGGGCAAUGGUGGAGAGAGCGACGUCCAGGAGCUGAUUUCCAACUGUGUCUGUUAUGAUGCGACUGCUUUAGCAGCUCCUUACGUGCAGAGCCCCAUCCUUACUCACAAGCUACCUACUGCACCCCUAACACUGAUGUUAAUGAUAAUAUGAAAGCUUCUCACACGAAAACCAGAUUUCUCCAUGAUUUUCCAGCAUUUUAUGAUUUCAGGACAUUUGGUCCUUACUUGUACAGCUUCAUCAAAGGCAGUGUUAAUAAGGCUGCUUAUGGUGAACAGGCAAAGAUGCAGAUCCAGACCUGACUGUAGUUUAAUAUUAUGAUAAAGAAGAUCAAGCCAUCCAUUGGGAUCCCCGUGUUUUUCAUGGACAGCCGGUGCUGCUGGCAUAGAUUCUAAGCAGAUCCUGCAGCUUUAAAAAGGCUGUCAGGGGCAUAAACAGACCCUUAGGCUGAGUGGCUCUGUUGCAGACUUGUGCUGGAGGCUAAGACCAGGGGUGGUUAAACUGGUUACAGGGCCUGGUUAUACUUCAACAGUAAAUGCUUGACUUCAG